AUGGCACCAAAGAAACGUGGAGGAAGGCCGCGCACGACGGUGGUUACCGCUAGGAAAGUGGUGGAAGAAACCGUCUCCGUCGUUGUAACACCAGCCGCCGACGAAACUGAGACGGACACUCAAACUCUAACUCAGAGUCAGCCCACUGUUGACAUUCUUUCUUCUUCUACCAAAGAAUCAUUUGAUAUUUUAACUCCACCACCUUCUGAAGAUCCAACACCUAAAAGAACCAUUUCUGUUGAAGACAGGUCUACUCCACAACGUAAGAAAAAGGAGCAACAAAAGGAACAAGAAAAACAACCUCAGGAACUAGAGGAACAGAGAGUGCAGCAGCAAGAUGAAGACGAAACACAACCGGCUUCAGAGCCAGACGAGAUGCCAACACCUCCAAAAAUGCAAGAGGAAAAAAAGGCCCAAAAAAGAAAACCCGAAGCUGCGAAGAAAGCAGCACAAGCCAAAGGCGGAACAGAGGAAGGAGGAAAGAGGAAAAGGAAGAGGGCGAAAGUGGGUGGAGGAGUGGGACCCAGUGAAGGGUACAGAAGGUAUGUGUUUAGGGUGAUGAAGCAAGUUCAUCCGGAUAUGGGAAUCUCAUCUAAGGCUAUGACUAUACUGAACAAUCUUAUGGGGGACAUGUUCGAGAGGAUCGCCGGUGAGGCGGCGACGCUGUCGAAGUAUGUCGGCCGGGCGACGUUGGCGUCGGUGGAUAUUCAAGAUGCUGUUAAGUUGGUGUUGCCGGGAGAGCUAGGGAAGCAUGCCAUUGCUGAAGGGACAAAAGCUGUGACUACUUAUGUGUCAAAUGUUGGUGGAGGAGAUAAGUCUAAGUCCAAAUCCAAGGCCUAG